GGGGAUAUCCCACUCCCCAACGAAACACGUUAUCCGGACAAACGACAUGAAAUACAUAUUCGACACGUUUCGUGUUUCUGAUUGGAACACUUGUCAAUUUCUCCCAAUGAUUAUCAUAAAUUAAUAACAGGAGCCCUCUGUGUUUAAAUGGCGUUCGCUGCUGCGUUUAAACAACGUGAGAUACAAGUUCGGUUUCUGGAGAGCACGAUACAGAGAGCGAGAGAGACACUCGGGCCUUCUGUAGCCUCGGUAGAAUUGAUCAGAGGAGAGCAUCAAACCCUAGUUUCUAGGAAACCCUAAUUCUGCACUCUGAACCUAGUUUUGAUUGCGAUUUUUUGGCAUCUAAAACGGUAAGGCCACACCCUUUGUGGUCUCCACAUCUAAAUCAUCCAUUUCAAGGAUUUGUUGGUACUUGGUGGCAAUAUUUUAUUGUCAUGCUUGCAUUCUGGAGCCCUUGUUUCUUUGAGAUCCAAUACCAAACCCUAAUUUGUCUGGUGUUAUGAAGGUUGCUAGUUUGUUUGGGUGUUCUCAUGAUCAGGUAAUUGAGGUUGGUAUUGUACGACUUCUCUCUCCUUUAUUUCCCCUUUCUUACUUCUUGAUAAGGGUGAUAUGUUUAGACUUCUCUCUAAUUUCAGCAUCUAGAAUCCUUUUCUAAUUAUACCUGUUUAUUAAGACUAAGGUAGAGAUUUAAGGUUUCUCUAUCAAGGCAGACAUAACCGCUGCAAAAUCUUCCUCACUAGCAUUAUUGUUGCAGGACUUAUUUUGCUUCUCAUGUCACAGUUUUGUGCCUGGACAACUCAAGAGUUUUACUUGCCGACAUCUGUGGGUUUUGGUUGCAUGGUACUCUGGCAACCACCAUCCUGCCUUCUACACUCUUAUUUAUUUGAUGGUGCUUGUAUUCAUAAGCGGCCAUAGGGAUAGCUAUUUCUAGAAGAUAGGUUGGUUAAUUUUCAUUUGGCCUAUCUACAGAUUAUAGAAGGUGUCGUGGACAUUAUGAUGGCCUUUGUUGGCCAUGGUUGAAAGUGCCUCUAUGCGAGAUAGCUUGAGCUAUCUCAGUUUCUUGAAACUUCAGUUAAUUAGAAAAUUUCUUUGGAUAUUGAGCUCAAUGUGUAAUGGGUGGAUUCAAUUGCAGCUUGCAGAAUCUUGUUGGUAUGGAGUGUUGCAAUUGUGCAGCUGUAUUCUUGAAUUGCAGCAGUAUCUGAACUAGCGUUGUUACUGGUUUUGGGGCAUCAAGAUUGGCUAUUUGGAGUCUGGUACUCAAUGAGGAGAUGGGAAUGAGGGUGUGACUAUCGAUUAUCAUCGUAUUCUGAUGCAAGUACAUCACCUUUUCCAGUCAUCAUACUAAUACAAAAUAAGCUUCUGUUGCCUUGUAUGAUUGCUUGAUGGGCCAUGUUCUAUAUUAGUUUCAACAUGUUCUGCUUUUUGACAGUGGGGAAUGUCACUGGUCAGAAAUGUGCAUGAUGUUUUGGGUGACAAGAUGGAGUUUGAUUCAUCCUCUGAUGGUGUACUAGUACUUACAUCAUAGGAUUUAUUUUCUGCCAUUUGGAUGCGCUGACCGACUGGUUCAGUAUAUGCGGGAUACUGGGCUAACUACCCAUGUUGCUGGGGAUUCAGGUGGAACGAGCAUUUCAUAGGAUCUUAAAGAUAAUUAGAGUGAUCUGGAGCAUAAUGCGACAUAGAGGUAAUCAUUUGUUGCUCAAACGACAAAGGCAAAAACAAAAGAUUGAUGACAAAUGGAUCUUCCCUACUCCCUGGACAUUAAACCAUUCAAGACAGUCGUUCGUGCUUCGAUUCGAGGAUAAGUUGUCUCAGGCAAGGUUUGCUAUGAGAAAAGUACACUUAUUUCAUCUCUUCUGCUCCUGUUAAUUCCAAAAAUUGGAGUCAUGAAGGAAUACUGAAAGGCUUUUCACUUCUUGGGGAAUUUACCUUCGUGUGCUGUGGUUGCGGGAUGGAGCUUCUCAUUCUUUUUUAGAAGUCCACCAAAAUUUUGAACAAUACUUUUUGAGUUUUGAGCUGCGUUGGUGCUGGCUCGUCUUUCUGCAUAUAAUAGGGUUUCUUGGAAAUCCGAGAAGCAAGGUUUUCAUUUUGUCUGGGCACUACAGAAGCCCUUCAUUGGUGCUUUUGGGCUUACAAUCGGUUCAUUUCAUUGCUUGUAGUAUUUACGCUCAAUAAUUUUGAAGAGAGCCAGAUAGGAUUUUGCAUAUAGAAAUUACUUGGUUACAGGGUGCCUACACUGAAGUGAUCCACCCAACAUACCUUCAGUUUUCUUAUAUACUCACCAUGUCUCUGUUCGAGCUAGUCUUUUUCAAUUGGCGUAUUUUUGGACUACCAUAUAUCAGGCUUCGGUUGCAAAUUUGAAGACAUAAUCCUAGUGAAGCAUGGGCCGCCACAGAAACUCACUGUACAAUCCCCAAUUAUUGGAUAUGAACGUUGAUCAAAUCUGGAGCCAUCCGCUUCCUGCUGAAUCACACACAUUACGGGGUGAAACUAACAAUUUAUCAAAUGCCAACAACCAUGUGGGAGACGCACCUUCCAGUCACAUCAGGAAUCCUUAUUUAACAGGAAGCAACAGUUACUCUUGUGACCAUGUGGCAGGCAGGGCCAGCCUCUCUGAAAAUGCUUCUUUCUCUUCCUAUGAUGGGGAAGGGAUGACUGGGUGCCGGUGGAAUUACACCUCUGAUUCAAACUUGUUAUCAAGGACUGCUGAUUAUCCUCCCCUGACAAGCAGUCUGAAUUCAGGAACACUGGUUUAUAACACACCUUCAUCCUCCAGUGCAAGCAUUCCAUAUUGGCCCCAGCAUUUUUCCUCCUCGGGUGACUACAGAGGUGUUGGUGUGGGAGAAGACUAUUAUGGGAACAUGAACAGUAAUACUUCAACUUGGUUCAAUGGUAGAAAUGUAUGUAAAAGGAAGAGUUCAUUCAGCUCUCUGGCGGCCUACGAAGAAGGGGGCAGAGGGUAUUGCAGUAGUGGAAGUUCUUCUGGUCCACAUAUGAGGGAAGAACCAAUUGUUGGGUCCAGGCGUGGUCCUUGGGGUUCUUCCACAGCUUCAGAUUAUUACAGAGGAAAUAAUCCCCUUUCAAUUAUUGAUGGGGAAGGAUUGUCUCAAAGGAAUGUGAGAAGCCGUUCCCUUGUUCAACCAGAGGUGAGUAUGUUGCGUUCAUCUGGCCUCCACUUCCGUUCCGCUCCUGAUCAUUGGCUAGGGGAUGGGGAUGUCAUUACUGCAAAUUCUACUAUGCAAUUCAACUGGAACCAUUCCACAUCUGCUGUAUACCAUAGAAGGCGCAUGUUGGCUUCAGAGAACAACCUGAGAAAUCAUGAUGUGAAUGGGUUCAUAGGAGUUGGGACUUCCAUCAGCAUGAGUGGUUCUUCUUCUAGGGAGACAGUAGGAUCUUCCAUCAUUCAAUGUGGCAUACCUCAUCAUUCUUCCCCCACGCCCAGGAUUAGGGGCAGUGGUCCUUAUUAUGCUCAACAAGGAACCCCUUAUCAGCCAAUUGUUGCCAGUUUGAUAAGCAAUCAUCAUCGUUAUCAACGUGCUCCAACGACUUCCAAUGCUGCUGGUCUACUGGAUUUGGGAUCAGAAACCCAUUAUGCCUCCACUGGGUCUCUAGUAACUGGAAGGCACGUUGGCGAAAGGUUUGGUAAUAAUGGUAGCAGUUCUUUUGGGAGAUCGCCAAGGCUUGAAAGGUUCUACUCUGAGAGGAAUAUUGCAUUGGGUCAACAUUUGAUGUUUUACAGUGCCAGUGAUUUGUUUGAUGAGCACAGUGAUAUGAGGCUGGAUGUAGACAACAUGAGUUAUGAGGAAUUGCUGGCGCUAGAGGAGCGUAUUGGUGAUGUGAAUACUGGAUUAUCUGAAGAUGUUAUCUUCUUGAAGUGUUUAAAGGUUAGAACGUAUACUGCUGAAAAUAUUUCCAAAGACAAGCAGUUGGAAGAAGGAAACUGCAUAAUAUGCCAGGAAGAGUACGAGGAGAAAGAGGAAGUUGGGACGUUGGACUGUGGGCACGAGUACCAUAUUUCCUGCAUAAAGAAGUGGUUGGUUCAGAAGAAUGUGUGCCCCGUCUGCAAAGCACCUGCUUUGGCUGAUGGUGGUCACAGCAGCAGGUGAUAGAGCUAUUAGGUUAUUGCUUGUGAUUAGUUUCUGUGGUUGUUUGGUGGGAGAGCAAGAUGAUCAUCCCAUCUUCUCUAUCAUUUUAUGUGCAUACCAACAUCUCCUGCUUGAUUGUAUUGGCUUUCUUUGCUGGAUCAUGAUCAUCUGAGAGGACUCAUCCAUAGACAUUGUAUACGCUGCUUCAGAAAUUUGAUUGCUCUUAGUUCAAACUCUCUUUCUCUCACUCUCUCUCUCCAUUCCAUUGAAGAGGCUAAAGAUCCUCUGUAGUGGCAUGUCGUCUGAUACAUUUCAUCAAAUGUAGAUAAACACUGCUAAAAUGUAUAUGAGCAAAUGGAGUGUUAUGGCUUU